UCUGUGUAUCUUUCAUGUUCUGCAUAUGUCUGUGUAUCUUUCAUGUUGUUCCAGGUGUGUCGCCAGGGCUACAGUCUAGACGGUAUGGAGAGAGGAGACACUGGGGACGAUCAAGCUUAUCCUGGUCAUCAUUCACCCAUGGGCAGCUGUUGCCAAGGUCUCAGCCUCGGAACAGACCUUCAUCUCCAGCGGGGAGAAAGUCCUCCUCAGCAGGUACCCUAAGGCCUGGACCUCCGCGUGAGGACAAGCUUUUGAGGGCUGGAAGGGCGGCAUCUACAUUAUCCUGCUCUCCUCAGCAAAGCCACACCAAAGCAGAAGUACUACCUCCGCAAGCUAAUAACCUUUCAGAGGCUGGAAAAUGCACGCCCAUUAUUGGGGGCAGUGACUCUGUGCCAUGGCUGUCCCUCCCUGAUGAGCUGUGGAUGUGCAUCCUGUCGCUGGUACGGCACAGAGACCUGGUCCACGUUGCGACGGCCUGCCAUCGACUUCGCCACCUGGCCCAUGAGAAGAAGCUCUGGGAGGAGGUUCUACUUGAGGAUCAGCCCUGUCUGACUGACCAGUUGCUGAGCAGUGUCGGUAGGCAUGGUCCUCGUAGGCUGACCUUGAACAGGUGCAGACGUUUGCAAGUUACUUCCAGGGGGCUGGAUGACUUGUUCGCACAGUGCAAACAUACCCUUCAGGAACUAAAGAUGACCAGCUGCAGUGGGCCUGGUUUCCACGGAGACGACGUGCUGCUUUCCUGCAGCCGUCACUGUGCCCACCUGACCGCUGUGGACAUGAGCUGGACAGGAGUCACAGAUGCUGGCAUCACUGCUCUGGUCACUGCUUGUGCCAACCUGGAGAAAGUGGCAGUGAAUGGGUGUCGAAUGACGGACGAGGCCAUCACACUGCUGAUCGCAAGAUGUGGGAAAAGUCUCCAUAGAUUGGAGCUGUUUGGCUGCUGCUCACUCGGCACGGAAUGUCUGAACACUGUGGCACAGAACUGUCCCAACCUGAAAGGUCUGAACAUCGGAAAGAUUCCAAAGAUAUCAAAUUCCUGCUUAACCAACAUGAUGUCCGGUCUGAAGUAUCUGGGCUCACUGGACCUGACUGGACACCAUUCAGUGUACGACCAGACCAUCCACCACAUUGUCCGUCAGUGCCUUGGGCUGUGGAGCCUGACGCUGAGCUCGUGCCCCCAUGUCACGGAUGCCAGUAUGACUGAGAUCAGCACCUACUCCUGCUCCAUCAGGCACUUGGAUAUGAGUGGAUGUAAGGCGAUAACAGACAGAGGGAUCGAGGCAAUAGCCAUGUCCAGCCUCCAGCUGCAGGACCUGGACCUGAGCCUGACAUCAACAGGAAGCAGAGGUGUCCAUCUCCUGGCAAAUUACUGCUACAGGUACCUGAAGACAGUGAAACUGAGCUUUUGCUGCGUAUCUCAGGAUGCAGUCAGGAAACUCUGCAGACACUGCAAAGGACUGAGGCUGCUGCAUCUCUUUGGCUGCCAUGACGUCCGCAAUAUUAAAGAGUUAAAGGAGAUUAACAGGAACACUGAAGUGCAGUGUGAUCGCUGAGACCACCCGGACAGCAGGGUGCAUCAACAGAAGACAAUUUAAAUUUCAUUCCCCGGCUGAAAAUGGUGCUUCACGGUUUCCACUGAAAUACUGCAGUAUAGCUGCAUGCAGGAUGAUUGUGUGUGUGUGUGUGUGUGUGUGUGUGUAUUUAUGUUUUUAAUUAUUACAUUGUGGAGACCAAAUGUUCCUACGAUGUCAUAAAAACCUGAUAUUUUGACCUUGUGGGGACACUUUUUUUUGCAUCUAAAGAAAGAAACAUUUUUUCUGUCCUCAGUUUUAUGCAAAUCUGUGACUGCGAACAAAAAAAAACUAAAUUAGCCAAAUGUCAUAUUUUGUUAGGUUACUUAUGGUCAAGGUUAGGGCUGGGUAGGGGUUAAGGUUGUCAUUGUUGUGAAUAGAGUUUUUCCCAUAGAAAUGAAUGGAAGAUCCCCAUUUAGAUAGGUAGGCCAACACGUGUGUGUG